GAUUUUUAGAACUGACAAGGUCUAAAGGUUCCCAUAUCUCCUCAAGCGAGAAAGGCAGCGAGAAAGAAGCGAACGGCGGCAACUCUUGCGGAGAUUUUUUCCUUAGGGGGAAAGAAUAAGAAGCACAAUUAGUCCAGAUAGAUGAGAACUCUUCCUCAGUUCUUGCCAUUUGCCCUUUACAUAGUUCUUCUUUUAGUGCUUUCAUGGAAGGACAUAGCUGCUGCACAUGCGUCCUCGAGCAGACUCAUCAGGUUCCUUCCAGGUUUUGAUGGACCUCUGCCAUUUGAGUUGUACACUGGAUAUAUAAGUGUUGGGAUGAGAGAGGAGACCCACCUCUUCUAUUACUUCAUCAAGUCAGAGAACAGCCCGGCACAGGACCCCCUUCUGCUAUGGUUAACUGGAGGCCCCGGCUGUUCUGCAUUUAGUGGACUUGUGUUAGAAAUUGGACCGAUGAAGUUCGAGGAGAGAGAGUACAAUGGAAGUCUGCCUCGGCUGGUCCUCAAUCCUUACUCGUGGACCAAGGUUUCAAAUGUCAUAUUUUUGGAUGCACCUACUGGAACUGGCUUCUCUUAUUCCAACACCAAAGAAGAUUAUUUGACAGGAGACUUCAAAGCUAGCAAUGACAAUUACAUGUUCUUGGUGAAGUGGCUGCACCAAUUCCCGGAGUUUCGUUCAAAUCCAUUUUACGUUGCGGGAGAUUCAUACUCCGGCCGACCAAUUCCUUUUCUGGUCCAGCAAAUUGCCAAUGGAAACAGAGAAGGGUAUCAACCAUUCGUGAAUCUCGAGGGUUAUAUUCUCGGCAAUCCGUACACUGACCACAAAUUUGAUGGUUUGUUUGUGCCAUUUGCAUAUGGCAUGGGACUCAUUUCAGAAGAACUGUACAAGGAAGCUGAGCAAAGUUGUGGAGGAAGGUAUGACAUUGCAAGAAACGCCGAGUGCGCUAAGAACAUCUAUGCAGUCAAUCAGUGUGUGAAUGGGAUAAACACAAACAACAUCCUAGAGCCCAAUUGCCUUCUUUCAUUCAUCCCCAACAUGAGAAGAAGCUAUGGCGCGCAAAUAGAUUCUCAUCUAAUUUUGAGGCUGCCACAGUCCUUUGUUCCUUCGGUGCACUGCCGGGAACAAUAUUACUCUCUUUUGGAAUAUUGGGCAAACGAUGAGAGCGUGAGGGAUGCCUUGCACAUCCCAAAGGACACAAUAGAAGAAUGGGUGAGGUGCAACUGGAGUAUCAUCCAACGCAGCUAUCACAAAGAUGUGAAGAGUGCACUCAAGUAUCACAAGGAUCUUACAAGUAGAGGCUACCGUCUACUGGUUUAUAGCGGCGAUCAUGAUGCAGCGGUUCCGUUCGUCGGGACCCGGCGAUGGGUUGCUUCUUUGAAUUACACAGUCAAUGAUGCAUGGAGGUCUUGGUGGGUCGAUGGCCAAAUAGCAGGAUUCACGAUAAGCUAUGAUCAUGACGUCACAUUCGCAACUUUGAAGGGAGGAGGUCACACAGCUCCAGAGUACAAACCAAGGGAGUGUCUCGCCAUGGUGGAAAGAUGGCUUUCCCACAGCCGACUUUGACAGCCAUUAACUCUCAGCUGCCUCUGCUCUUCAAGUUGCUGUUGGCUGCUCAAAGCAAUUAUGAUAUUUGGAAUCUUAAUGUAAAAUAAAGAACUUGGUGAUGCAAAAAAGAUCACUUCACCUCUAGUUCAUAUAGAUUUUCAAACUCCACAAAUAAUUGGUACAUUGUUUGUAAACAAAAGUUCAUAUAGUGGUAAUAAAGGUUAUUCUAACUUGUGAAAACAUUCAAAGUGGAUGACAA